AUGAGCGAAACAGCCAACUGGGAUGGCCUCGGCGUCUUCUGGACGGCCUUCGCCUCAGGCUGGACGGCCCUCCUGAUCGCUGGCAUGGCCUUCCUGCACCGGCGACGUCACAUGCCGAUCCUGCGCAUCCGCGGCCUCCCGCUCUCCUUCUGCGCCAUCCUCUUCCUGCACGCCUACUGGCUCGCCGUCCAGCUGGGCUACGUCUACGGCCACCUGAUGCCCAACGGCGUCGAGUACUGGAUCAUGGGCAUCUAUUUUCCUUUCGGCGUCGCCCUCUUCCACGCUUCCAAUAGCCAGUUCCUCCACGUGGCCAAGCGCCAGAAGAAGUAUGCCCAGCUCGCCUUGCCUGCCGGUAGCGGGAAGAAGCCGGGCCAGCACCAACGCCAGCAGCACCAGCAGCAGCAGCUCGCGAAGAAGAAGACGUCGUCGUCCAAGUGGCCUCUCGUUGGCAAGUUUCGGCGGUACGAUUAUACCACCAAGAUGCUGGCGGUUGUUUGUGCGGGCAUGACGUUCCAGUUCGCCUUGACGCUUGUCAUGUACCUCGUCUCUCGCAAGUUCCACCCUUCCUUCGGCAUUCCCGGGACCGAAGUCACAGGGACCCCUGACGAGGUUAAGAGGGAGCAGGGUCGAGGAUGGGAAUGGUGGCCGUCGGUCUUCUGGCAGAUCUUCUGGGCCUGGAUGGUCGCUCCCUACAUUCUCUGGCAGUCUCGCGGCAUCCACGACACGCAGGGAUGGCGCGUGCAGACGGUGGCCUGCUGUUUGGUGUCUCUGCAUGCGGCGCCCAUGUGGCUGAUCGCUCUUUACGUUGAUGGCAUGGGCGUGAUCAACCAAUACUUUAUCCCACCCCAGUGGAUCGCGGUGUCGAUCAUGUUCAUGGAAAUCUUCACCAUCUUCACCCCCUGCUGGCAGGUCCUCCGGCACCAGUCCCUCCGGCAGGAGACGCUCGAGCUCAUCGCGCUCUGGGAGACGGGCAGGAAGAGCGGCAGCGGCAAGUCGUUCGCGUCCGACUCGACGCGGGUCGGCGGCAGCGGCAAGGAGACGUACCUCUCGUGGAAGCACAUGGGCGAGGCGGAACGCGGCGGGUCCAUCGACGCCAUGACGGCGGCGGGAGGCGGCCUCCUGACCAUGGACGCGCUCGAGUACGCGCUGAAGAAGAACCCGGGCCCCCUGCAGCACUUCUCCGCGCUCAAGGACUUUUCCGGCGAGAACAUUGCGUUCCUGACGGCCGUGCUGCGGUGGAAGACGAAUCUCCGGGCGCAUCAGAACGCCGGCGCCCCUGCUUCCCUGGUCGGUUCUUCUUCGCCUGCCGAAGCCCAACGGAAAAGGCAGCGCGAGGAGCGCGACCGGGAGAUGUUCAACGAGGCGCUGCGGAUCUACACCGAGUUCAUCUCGCCGCGGGAUGCCGAGUUCAGCAUCAACAUUUCGUCGUCGGACCUGAAGCGCAUCGAGGCCGUGUUCGAGUCCGCGGCCAGGACGCUGUACGGCGACGAGAGGCGCAGCAAGGACUCGGCCACGCCGUUCGACGACUGGGGUGCGCCCAAGUCGUCGUCGGCCAGCGAGAAGGGGAUCGUGCACGGCGACGGCGACGGCGACGUGGACAUGUCGGACGCGGGCUCGACGAUUGCGGAGCGGGUGUACUACUGGGGCCGCAUCCCCGAGGGGUUCGACGAGACGGUGUUCGACGAGGCGGAGACGAGCAUCAAGUAUCUUGUGCUCACUAACACUUGGCCCAGGUUUGUCAGGGAUAGGCGGACGUCUUUCGACUCGACGGAGAGUGUUGAGUCGUAUGAUACGCUGCUUGAUAUGGUGGCGAAGAGGGGCCAGACUGGCAAGUGA